UUGAAACGUUUGUUCUUUCCCUCCCCUUUUGCACCCAAAUUAAGUUCCUCUCAUGUAAUAAUUAUUAAAUUUCCUGGCAUCUUUGUUGACUUUAUCAAAUUUACUACCUAAUGAAACCUAGAUAACGCUAUCUGUUGAUUGUGAAACUCUGUCACCACCAAAUUCGCUCUCACAAUAAUGUCCUCCGUCCAAAAGAAGCUCAUCAUUGUGGGCGACGGCGCCUGCGGCAAGACCUGCCUCCUGAUCGCCUUCGCCAAAGACAUCUUCAACUCCGAAUACCGCCCCACAGUUUUCGAAAACUACGUCGCCGAUGUGGAGCUGGACGCCCUCACCGUGGAGCUCUCCCUCUGGGACACCUCAGGCCAGGAGGACUACGACCGCCUUAGACCCAUCCAGUACCCCGAAACGGACGUGGUGCUGAUAUGCUUCUCGGUGAUGUGGAGGGACUCUCUUUUGAACGUCUCGGCAAAGUGGUGCCCCGAAGUCAGGCAUUUCUGCCCCAACGUCCCUAUACUGCUCAUAGGGACGAAGAACGAUCUCAGGGAGGACAAGGAGGAGUUGGAGAAGUUGAAAAUGAUGAAGAAAUCCCCGGUUACGAGGGACGAAGCCGAGGCCAUGGCGAGGACCAUUGGGGCCGUUUGCUACAUCGAAUGUUCAGCCAAGACCAAAUAUAACGUGCAGGAGGUGUUCAAGGAGGCCGCGAGGGCCACAAUCGCAAAACGAAAGAAGCGGAAACAACGCUGUGUACUAAUUUGACCCAUUUUUGUUAUUUAUUUAUACCAAAGUAAGCUUUAAUUUGUAUUUAGCGCCGCUAACGGUACCAACAUAAAGUAUUUUCCGACU